AUGGCCUCCGCAACGCGCCUCCCCCUAAAAUCCAUCCUCUUCACGGGUACACUGGUCUUAGGAAUCGGAGCUUCGAGAGUCAACUUACGCUCUCACGCCCUAUCCUUCUUCACAGGAUCAGGAAGAAACUCCCGAAUACUCGCAGCGGUUAUUCUCCUUGCCAAUCUCAAGAAUGUGCCAUUUGCCUGGCAUUACCGGGUAUGGGGAGCAAUCCUGCGCCAUUGCCUCUUCAGCAAGCCUCGAAUGCCACCCGCCCUCGCGACCUCGUCGCUCUUCCUCCCCGUAAUCUCAUCUUCCUAUAGUCCGCUCUCCGAAUGCGACUACAACCUGCACAAAUCCAACUCCACUUACUUCUCCGAUCUAGACGUCUCGCGCUCUCAUCUUGUCUGCGCUCUCCUCCAACCCGGAAUCGAACGGCUACAGCAUAAUGUGCGGGAGAAGCUGGUGCUGGAUAAAGAAGGGCAGCCGGUGAGGGCUCGGUGGCUUAUCAUGCUGGGAGGUGUGAUGUGUAGUUUUAAGCGGGAGAUAGGGAUAUAUGAGGGGUAUAAGAAAGUGGAUGGGGAGGGAGGGAAGGAUGUUGAUGAGAAGGCCAUAUUUGCGAGUGCCAUUUCUAAAUACGUGAUCAAGUUGGGCAGGUUGACCGUUCAUCCCGAGGUCUUUUUGCAGGCUUCUGAUAUGUUGCCGCCAAAACCAGGUGGAUGGUCAUCCAUGUCUAAUUCGGGAGAAUCCACUCCAGAGACGUUGGAAGUUGAGACCACCGAAGUUGAGGUAACAGAUGAAUGGGAUUGGAGGAGAGUAGAGGCUGAGAACAAGAGAGGGCUGGCCAUUGCCGAGCAUUUGGGGGCAUUAGAUACUUUACACCAUGAGUUUACUGGUAGUCAAGCGCCAGCGGUGGGCAGGUAUAGAGAUUUCAUUUCCAUGUAG